GGGGCAGGUUCGGGGGCAGCCUCAGGUUUAGGGUCAUGGGCCAUCCCCGACUCGACGAUCACAGUCGCUCAUUCCCCACCGACCCGCUCAUCACUCGAUACCCUCCGUUCUUUAUCCCUGCACUCUCCCACUGCUACCAGCACACAUAUGCACGAACCGCCCCUCCGACGUACCCGGAGCAGAAACAGUCGACAAGAUACAUCGAAUGGGAGUGUGGAUAUAAGGGAGUUCACGACGAGUGCGACGAAUGCGGCGUGGAAGUGGUGGGCUGGGGCUGGCGAGGCGGGCGCAGAGACCGAGGUUGAAGGGAAUGAAGGGAAGGGGGGGAAUGGAGGGGAUGGAGGAAAGGAGGCGAGUGAGAGUGAGAGGAGUGAGAGGUUGUUGGCGGAGCACGACCGGGCGCCGACGGAGGAGGAGGAGAGGACCUCGCCCCGAAACACCCCCAUCGUCUUCUGCCACGGCCUCCUCGGUUUCGACUCCGUCACCAUCGGCCCCUCCAUCGCGCCUCUCGAAGUCACGCACUGGCGGGGCAUCAAGGAAGCCCUAGAGGCGAUCGGCGCAGAGGUGCUGAUCACGCGUGUACCGGCGACGAGCAGCCCGUUUGAUCGUGCGGAGGUGUUGGAGAGGAGGAUUGAAGAGGUGUAUCCGGGGAGGGGGGGCGGUCUCGACUGCCGCUACAUGACCUCAAACCUCCACGCACACACCUUCACCGUCCUCUCCCUCACCACCAUCGCCACCCCGCACCGGGGCUCCUCCUUCGCCGACCACUUCCUCCAGACCGUGGGCAAGACCCGAUUUCCAUCCGUCCUCGCUUUAUUGGAUAUGUUGCCGAAUGGCGGGGGAGAUGGGAAGGCGUUUGAGUGUUUGACGGUGGAGGCGAUGAGGAGGUUUAAUGAGGAUACACCGGAUAGGGAGGGGGUGAGGUAUUUUAGUUGGGGGGCGAGGUAUGAGCCGGGGUUUGUUGAUACUUGGAAGUGGCCUCAUUCGGUGGUGUUGGAGAAAGAAGGCCCGAACGACGGGCUCGUCUCGAUUCAAUCAUCGAAAUGGGGAACCUACCUCGGCACCCUCGAAGACGUGAACCACCUCGACCUCGUCGGCUGGAUCAACACCGCGCGCUAUAAAUGGGCGGAGAUUCGGGGACGGGAGAUUAAGUUCAAGCCGGCGACGUUUUAUUUAGGCUGUGCGGAUUUGUUGGCGAGGAAAGUGGAGAGGUUGGGGGAGGAUGAUGACGAGGCGGACGGGAGUAGGAGUAGGGAUGGGAGUGAGGAUGGCGAUGGCGAUGGGGAGGCGAAAGAGUUGGGCAUGAAGGUCGCGGAUGAGGGCUCGGAGGCGGGCGAGGCUGGGAAAAAUAAGGAGAGAGCGAAGACGAAGGCGAAUGGUGGGAAGCUUAAAGUGAAUGGAAGCCAUCAUCAUCUUCGUCGGGACGAACACGAUGCGUCUUCGAGUAGCGUGCAAGAGUUAGGACGCAAGGUCGCAGGGGAGAGCUCGAAGGCCGCUGAGGCGGAGGCGGAUGAGACGAGUUCGAAAUCAAGAGCAAGGCCGAGAGCGGCGACAGAGACGGAGGAGGAUAUUACGGGGCGGGGUAUGAUUUUCGAUGCAGGGGAGCUUGAUUCGCCGGAUUCACUUGUUGAUAGUCGACGGAGUGUUCAUGGCCAGGAGGAGUCAUCGUAGACCGCGAUCGCGAUGGGAGGUUUGGAUGCGUCUUGUGGUCGGUUUAUAUAUUAGACUAUGGCAGGACGCCGAUACUUAUGGUGCAUAGCUGUAUGAUACUAUUCGUAUAAUCGCACAUCACACAUGAUAUGGCUCGUAUACACUUCAAGUUCUUGCGAUACUCAUACACUUUUACUUGUUCGUUAUUUUUAAGUACAUGCAUACCCGUAUAUUCAGCAUUAUAUUCAAA